AUGAGAAAUUCGAUCAAAUUCCUCGCGUACGUUCUCUCGAUCGCGAGCGUCUCCUUACGGAGCGAUGAUAAAGGCAACGCUGGCGUCUUGGUCUUUCGUUCGGUCUCGGCUUCCUCCGCUGCCGAAACGACGACGACGACGAGUGAAACAACCGCGAGUGAUGAUGAUGGAGCGAUUGAACUCACCCCGACUGCCUUUCGAGCGCAACUGCAAGCGAAACCAUCCGACGAGAAGUAUUUCGCAAAGUUUUACGCCCCGUGGUGCGGCCACUGUAAAUCGAUGGCGAAAGAUUGGGACGCUUUGGCAGCGGAGAUGAAAUCGGAAGGACGAAGUGAUUUGAAACUGUUCUCGGUGGACGCGUCGACGCAAGCGGAAGCGUCCGUGGCGAAAGAGUUUGAGAUUAAAUCGUUCCCGACGUUGAUGUACUUUGAAGACGGGAAGAUGUUUCCGUAUUCCGGCGGCGCGAGGACGAAGGAAGCGUUGGGGAACUAUUUGGCGUCCGAGAAUAAGAAAGACGCGAGGAAGUUUUCGUUCAAGGGCGAGAGCUUCAAGUUGCAACAACCCGGUGUGUUCGUUCGAGCGAAGAAGUUUUGGGAGGAGUCUUUGCAAGUGAUCGCGCAGGUGUAUAAGCACAAGGCUGGGGCGGUGUACGUUUUGUACGGCGCCGGAUUGGUCACCGGUAUUUCGUUCGCGAGUUUGUUCUUCGUGGUCGUGCAAAGAACCGGCGGCGACGGUAAGAAGUCGAAAGCCGCCGCGAAGGGUAAAGGCUCGGCGAAGAAGACGAAUUAA